UGCAUCUUAACACCUUUCGUCUGUUGCCGACAACUACGAUAUUCGUGUAUCGUUUAAAUUUUGCACAUCUGCUGAAUCAAAGUUUAUUUCGUUAAAAAAAUGUCGAACCAUGUUAUUUCUAAAAUUUGGCAGGACUAUAAAAAAAUCACGGAACGAAAAACAAUGAUUAUUGAUGCAUAUUUACUGUAUGUGCUUAUUACUGGAAUCAUUCAAUUUAUAUACUGUUGCUCAGUAGGCACAUAUCCAUUCAACAGUUUUCUUAGUGGAUUUAUAUCUACCAUCUCUUGCUUUGUUCUUGGAAUGUGCCUGAGACUUCAAGCUUGCAAUAGCAAUGGAAAACAAUUCAAUCGAUAUGGGAUAGAAAAAGGAUUCGCAGAUUUUAUUUUUGCUCAAAUUGUUCUUCAUAUUGUUAUCGUAAAUUUUAUUGGUUAAUUGUACUCGUAUACUUCGUAUAUUGUAAACAUAUUUUUAUUUUGUCAAAUUAAUCAGACAUCUAGUGAAAUAAAUAUUUAAUAAACAUCAUAA